CAAGGCCUUUUCGUGAAGAAGGAGGCCUUGAAUUUGCUGAUGAGGGCCUUGGAACUUCCGCAGGUUCUGGAGGUACAUCCGGAUGCGGCCCAACGCUUCUUUGCUGCCAGCUCAACGCUCACUUUGCCCCUCAUUGAUGACUCAGACCACUUGGUGCGUCAAGAAGCGGCGAAAGCCCUCUCCAAGCUGAUCACACAGAAUCCCGAGGCGGCCUUCACGGUCCUGGACCGCGUGCCGCCGCACCGGCGCGCCGUUUUCGAGGAGGAGCACCGGAAGCUCUGCAAGGAGCCUUUGCCUGAACGGCCGGGCGAGCGGCCCGGCACGCCCACGCCGCUCUCCCCACCGUUGCGCCGAAGCCCCUUGAAGCAGCGCCUGCAUGCGGUGCCAGUGGACUCGCCUUUGCCGCUCACGGCCACGGAGAAGCCGAUCUCCGAAAAAGCAGAGAAGGAAGAGCAGGUGAGGAGCUUGGUGCCCAAGGCAGAAGGGAAAGAAAACCAACAGCUUCCAGAGGUCAAAGAGUCUAAAGAUGAGGCGAAAAAGACGGAUGUGCCGAUCGAGACGACUCCUUUGAUUAAGCAAAUGGCUGAAGAGAUCCGGAACUUGCGAUCCAAGGUGAAGCAGUUGGAGAUGGACAAGGAGCGCGAGAGGUCGGAGAAGGCGGAGCCGCGGCUGGAGCCGGUGGACACACCCUCCCCUGGCCCGCAAUUGGAUGGUGCCAGGCUGGCGAGACGUGCCGCUUCAGCCGAAGGCCGGGAUGCUACGCCCACGCGCCCCACGCGCCUGCGCCAGCAACACACUCCCACCCGCCGAGAGAGCCCCCUGCGCCGGGAGCUACGAGACGCGACGCCCCCGCGCCGGGCGUUGGUGCCUGUGGCACGGCCACCUCCCAGCCUGGCACCGCGGCGCGAGCCCUCACCCCUGCUGCGCCGAGAGCCUUCGCCGUUGACACGCCGGGAGCCUUCGCCGUUGACACGCCGGGAGCCCACGCCGACCAGGACCCGUCGAGAGCCCACGCCACGCCGGGAUGGCAGCGUGAGCCGCGACAUGCAGUUGGCGGUGACUCCUCGUCAUGCCUCUCCCUCCAGGCGGCCUAUCUCCUACACGCCCAGCUACCUCAUGCAGGAUGGGGACAGCAUGCUUGGCGAAAGCGUGGUUCCUUUCCAGAUUGCUUUGCCACGUUUGCCGAAGCAGGCUCGGCAGCAGAAGGAGAAGAGCCAAUAUUGGGGUCCCGAGACGAUUCCGUCGGAUCAUCUCAGCGCCUUGCGGGAGCAAUGGCGCAGCUGCGUGGAGGAGUGGCUCUGGCGACAGAUGUUCUCAGACCGUUUGGAGGAGCAGUUGGCUGGCCUUUCCCACUGGCAGAAGCAGGCGGAGGACUAUGGACAUCUCAUCCUGGAAGCAGAUGUUUUGGACAUGGUCUUGAAAUGGCUGACCUGGAUGUUGUGGCACGCCAAUACCAAGGUGUGGAAGUCGAUUCUGGAUGUCUUACUAGCUCUUCUGCGGACUCUUGAAAGCCAUGACCUGGCGCUGACGGACCGGGAGACGCAGAUCCUGGUGCCCAACAUCGUGGAACGAUCAGGGCACAACAUCCUGGCCAUUCGCGAGACCAUGCAGGAGCUCCUGAGGUUUUGCAGCAUCUUGGCUCCUCGGACCAAGAUGCUGCCCAUGAUCCUUCAUGGCUUGUGCUCCAAAAGCAAGAGGUCAGCGGCCUGUAGCAUGAAGGCUUUGGGUGAGAUGCUGGAUCGUCAGACGACCCUGAGCCUUCUCCGGUCACAGAAGGAUUUAGGCUUGGUCUUGAAGCUCACAGUGGACAAGGAUCCAGAGGUGCGACGCUGCUCCGUGCAGACGGUGGCCUUGUUGUCGCUUCACCUCGAUGAUGAUGUCUUUGUGAAGGUCUGUCGUGGUUUACCGCCACUGGCCAAGGGCCCUGUGCAGCAGGCAGCUUUUAGCCUACAGGAGCUGCAAGAUGACAGACCCUGAUCCAAUUCAUCAAGCUUAAGUAAUUCAUGGCUGUCCGCCGUGCUGCAUUCGCAUGGCUGUCGCCCCCACAAGGCGAUGGAUGUCGUGUGUGGAGGAGAACCCCUCGAGUGUGCCUUGAAAUCAAGACUC